AUGGCGUCGACCUCUGCAGACAUCGAAGGUGCGACUGAAGUCACUAUGCCGGUGACCUCCGACGGCGCCAUGAUUUUGACCAGCAGCGUCCUUGGUAAGGCUCAUUCGUGCCCUGAAGAUGCAGUGGACGCCGUGGAAAGCAUGGGCGCCACCUUUGACAUAAUCUACCAAGCAUUUCCGCACGCCGAAGUUGCGGCAGCAACAAGCAAGCUUCGGAUGGCCUACGGCUCUCUAUUUGAGGGGAACUUGGAAUUGCAGAAUACCGCACGGAACUGCUUUGCUGCACUUUCGCAACUCUUCUUCCAUGUGGAAGUGAGCCCCGGUAUGAUCAAAGGCCCCAACCAGGCAUGCAGCAUCGGCACGAGGCCAGAGUACUUCCAAUCGAGGAUGGAGAUGAUGGCAGCUCAGUUUCAGGAUCUACAUAGCAUGUUCUUUGAGCUGUCUCACCUGCUCUGCGAGCGCUGCUCUCCCGUCGAAGCGGGACCAAGCUCUCAAGAACAAAGCAAGCCGUACCAUCUUGCGAGCAUCACAGCCUCAUGGAAGAGAAGUCUGGCCGGAAAGAUGAAGCAAAAGCACAAGAUCGAGGUAAGCCUCCCCUCACAGUCGACUAAGCUCGGCUACAACGUUUGUCUAGAAUUCUGGCUAAUCCUCACCUAUCAAGAUUUGUCACAUGGAGACGACCUCGGUGUCAAGGGAAGUCGCUCGGGGCCAGUCCCAGCGGCUGCAGACUGA